AUGGAUUCAAAACUUCCCACUGGACUGUCCUCAAACUGUCCAUGUCGGCGGUCAGCAGUCGACGGCGGUGUUCUCCAAGGCUCAGUUUUUGGUCGCAGUCUGUUCAUUAUUCACCUCAACGAUUGCGUGACUGAACUUGAUUGUGGUGUCACCAUUUUCACAGAUGAUAUUAAGCUCUGGAGCGUUAUUCGAAAUGCGGAUGACGAAGAGCGUUUGCAGAUGAACCUAGACCGACUUGAACAGUGGUCAAAGGACUGGCUUCUGCCGUUCAAUGAGAAAAAGUGCAAUAUUCUACGAGUCGGCAGAGCUCGCUCUCCGAACCAUAUGACCUACUGUCUGAAUGGCAUACCACUGCAGGAAGUGGACUCGCAGAAGGACUUCGGAGUAUGGAUUACGACCUCGCUCAAACUCUCUCUUCACUGCACAAGGCUAGCCAAGUCUGAAAUGUUAGUCGUCUACCUUGUUAUGCGGGCCUUCUCCGCCUUUGAUAAAGACAACUUCGUUAAAGUCUUUCUUACGUUUGUGCGGCCGUAA